AUUCAAUCAUUGCGAUUGUUAGUUUACAAGAUGUACGCAAGCAGCACAAAACACAUUAUCAGCGCCUUGUUAGCGCUCCAACUGAUCGCCACUGUAGUGGCACAAGCACCGCUAGUUGUGAAUAGCAACAAUAACAUUGGUGUUUGGAAUGUCAGCACCAAGACCGAUGAUUACAUCCUUGAGAAUCGUCGUCAAUACAAUGCAACACUUCAAGCGUAUUUGGAUGAAAUCAAUGGCAUAAAGAAGACUCUGGAAGAUGAAUUGGAAGUGUUGGAGAAGCAGGAGGUGCUAUUGCUGCAGACAAUACAGGAAACCAAUGAACGUGUUGACCCCUUGGAGGUGCUCAGUUUGCCAACAAAAUAUUGCGUGCAACAAUAUCGCAAUGAAUUGCCCUAUGUGAAUAUAAUCAAAGCGAAUAUUGAGAGUUGCAUCACAAGCGCACGCGGCUACGCCAACAGCAUUGUCAGCACACCCACCAACUACUAUAACACACUGAACAACUACUAUAAUGCCGACUUGAAAAAUGGCCUCAAUGCUUGCCUGAAAGCACACCAAAAUCCCUCAUUAAACUACACACUCUGCGUUACAACAGUGAUUUCCAAAGCCAACACUUACACCAUAAACAGUCGCAAGAACUUUGCCGCGUCCAUUGAAUCCUCACAUUGUAGUUUGAGCAGUCGCAUAGAUGUCGCUGUUAGCUGCACAUACAUACAGUACACUUCUGUUUUGACUUCACUCGGUGCCACGAAUCGUUUGAUCGACGAUUGCAUUAACGGUUUUCUGGAAAACAAACCAAGUUGUGUGGAUAAUUCGACAGUCAUCAAUUAUGGCUGCCCACAUGUGGUGUAUAUGGAGGUGAAAGAUGGCGAUGGCAACAAUAAAACUUCGGGUUCCAACCCACUAGAGGGAGUAUCUAAGAAUCAGACGUGUUUGGAAAUUAAAUUUGUUUGAUUCAAAAAGUGUAAAUAUGAGUAAAAAAAAAAUUACUAACUCAUGAGAGAAGUGCUUCAGGUUUUAUAGACUGAGUGAGUGUGUAUUGAUCAGUAUUUGACUUUGCAGAAAUAUUUAAAAAUAUUUGUUUUUAGUAUAUAUUUAAAUGCCAAAUAAAAUUUCACUGUGGUAAUAUUGAAAAAAACUUACUUUAAUAAUGUUUUUCGUGUCAAUAACUAUUCGCCAUACCAUUUCUAAGUACCGUUCAUGCACUCCAACAAAGGGUGCCUUAAUAUUGGGAAGAGUCAUUGCUUCAGGUAGAACAUGAAAUUGAACAAAUAAUGCUAUAAAAUUAUGAAAUUCAAUAAAAUAUAAAAUUUUUUACUGCGUCAUAUGAAUAGUGUAAA